UACAGGUUUAGUUGCUUAAUUUGACAUUAAAUCAGUGUGAUAACAGAUAUGGCUUGAACACGUUACAGCAUUACAAGAAACUCAGCCUCUAUGUGGGGUUACUAGUCCUGUAGUGUUAGCUAACGUUAGCAAUGAUACCUUCAACUGUUGUUAGCUGCUGAUGCUAACUUUAGCUGUAACUUACUCACCCUAACUCUUCGUUUUUAUCAAAAGAAGAAAGUUUGAUGUAGGUAGGAUCAUCCUGACAUAGGCUGAAGCACAAAUGCUCAUCUAUGAAAUAGAUUCUGAUGAAAUCAAUAUUUCUGUAAAUUCUUUAAUUCUCUCAUUAACUGUGAAAAGGGAGGGAGUUGUCAGACAAGACAAACAAACAGCCCACCUGGUCUCUUCAAAACAAAGUUGGAGUUUUGACUCCAGACGCUCAGACAAACAUUAACCUACAGUAACCAAAUGUCCUGUCCAGACAACAUGUACACAUUGAAGUGGUCUGCUGCAAACCAAAAUGUGUGAAGGGACGUCUCUACACACACACACACACACACACACACACACACACACACACACACACACACACACACACACAAAAUGAACGCCGACCCGGAGAGCUCAAAGAAAAACACACAAAUAGACAGAACAAAAGAAAAUAAAAAGAAAGAAUACAUGUGCAGUAUUGACAAAACUCAACUAAAUUUAGAAAACAGAACAAUAUGCAGAAAUGCACAGACGAUAUGUGAUAUUUGCAGAGUUUCUGUAUUUGGUUGUGUUUUCUGUAUUUGCGACACAUUUCUUUAUUUGAUUUGAUUUAGAGUUUUCCAAAUUUUGUGUUUCUGUCAAAUUUGCAGUCACAGAGCUGACUUUAUAACUUAAUGAGUCAGGAACCAUGGCACCAACAGUGUUCAUCACUUUAAAUUUUUCCUCUGGAAACAGUUUCCAUUGUCGUCUGUGCUACUUGCAGCUUUCAUGUGUUUGGUUGUGUUUUGUAAAAGCUGCCAAAGCUUUUAAACCGGUGAAGAUGUUUCCUUAAUUUACUUGUGUUUGGUUUAUUUGCAUGUGUUGUAUUAAGCUCCAGGGUGUUGAGCGUCUGUAUAAAUACGCUCACUUUGCACAAACAUCUCCACUUCAGAUGUCUAGAACUCCACAGUGGUUCUCACUAAGAUGGAAAUGCACAAAAAACUAAAACACACGACCACUUACUUCUGGUCACGAACCAUUUAGUAUCCAAACUCCACGAGGAAAGGAGACGUUGGAGACAAAGACAGGAGGUAAGACAGCAUCCACAAUAAGUGACACACCAUUUUGUGCACUUGUACUUGUUAAUUACAGAUUUUAAUUUUUCAGUAUUAAUUCACGAAUGUGGAUAAAAUCUCUCAUUAUUGCAGAUCAUGGAGGAAAGUUUGAAGAAGCUGCUUCUCUUUGGGACGUUUUUGAUCCUUUUGGAGGUCACACACCAGACAGGCUCCACAUACUAUAUCCAUGAGUACAUCCUCGUCACUCACCUGAGGAUGAGCUGGACUGAAGCUCAAAGCUACUGCAGAGAGCAGUACGGUGACCUGGCCACAAUAUCUGAUGUGGAGGUCAACAGCAGGAUCGCUGACAUGUCUAAAGACUGGCAGGAGCCCUUCUGGAUCGGCCUGUAUGAAGACGUCAGCAGCUGGAAAUGGUCUCUGAUGGGUGAACAUCACUACACAGGAGUCGUGGAGGACUACAGGCAGUGGCAGGAAGAUCAACCGGACAAUGCAGGAGCGAACGAGUACUGCGUCUCCAUGAUGGAAGAUGGUUUUUGGAGGGACAACAGCUGCACGUUUGUUAAAAUGCCUCUCAUUUGUUUUGCAGAAGGUGGCUUUGAUCAGUAUGUGCUGGUAACCGAACAGAAGAGUUGGUUUGAGGCUCAGAGCUACUGCAGGCAGCACCACACAGAUCUGGUCAGUGUGAGGAGUCCGGCUGAGAACCAGGAGCUGAGGAGCAGACUGCAGGCUGACCAGGCUGUGCAGGAGGCCUGGAUCGGCCUGCACAAUGACCCCUGGAGGUGGUCGGAUGGCAGCAGCUCCUCAUUCAGACAGUGGUGGCCGAACCAGCCCAACAAUGAAAACACCUCUCAGUCGUGCGCUACUAUGCACAAAGGGAGUUGGGACAACUGGACAUGCGACACCAAAUUCAGCAUUCUCUGCCAAAACAUAACUGAAGUGACUCCAGUGCCUCCAGUUGAACCCACCAACACUGGACAAGCUGUGCUGAGAAGGACUACAGUGAAGAUGAAGCUGCAGACCAGCUCCGACCUCAAAGAUUUAACCAUCAGACACGAAAUCUUACAGCAGUUGGAAGCAGCUUUUCACUCGCAGGGUUUGACUAACACCAAGCUGAUCUGGAGGACUUUAAGACCAGAGUCACAGCCGAUGCAGACAGGUAGUGAGAGAGAUUCUUGUGGGGAGAGAAUUAAGGAAAACCUCAACUAGGAUGGAGGGUGAAGGUUGGAGAAAAGUGAUGUUAACAGCAGCUUUCUGUUGUUCCUGUUAGCGCACCAUGUGCAGGAUGAAUUCUGAAUCACCUGCAGUGAUUUUUUUUGUUUUGUUUUCAUUGAUUGCCUUUUGUCUUUGUUUGAAUUAUCUACCUCAAAUAUAUUCCCUGAAAUUAUAAAAAUGAGUGUGAAAUAUAGUAUAUGUCAGUAUCCUGACAGUAUUUAUCAUAGUAAUUAUUGAUCCUUUUUAGUACAUUUACUCAAGUACUCUACUUCUGUACAAGCUUGAGAAACUCACACUUUUCAUGAGAAAAUCCGCCCUGAUUUCAGCUUUAUGAAGGUGCAUUUGACAGCCAAUCUGAGGGUUUUUUGAGUAGUUUAUUUAGAUGAAGAAGUAGGAGAAUUUUCUCAACACAUAAAGGAACAUUAAAUCAUUCACUUCAUCACAAGCAGUCACAUUCAGAGUCGGCAAAUUUGGUGAUAUGUGUUUUUAACUAGACAGGAAGGGCGUGGAAAAUUGUAACCUGAAAAGUAACUAGUAAGUAAAGCAGUCAAACAAAUGUAGUGGAGUAAAAAGAAAAUACAAUACAAUACAAUACAAUACAAUACAAUACGAUACAAUACGAUACAAUAUGUGGAUCUUCACACGUCAAGGUUGAAUGUUCAUGCACACACGUUUGGUUAAUCAAAUGAAUAAACCAAAUUUGAGCCUCGGAGCAUGAAAGUCAACGUGAAGGACAUCCGGCUGAGAUGAUCCUCCUUCCUCGAGGAUCAAAUCAAGAAUCAGACGUCUCGUCAUCUGAAGCCGAGAACACACAUUUAAAAUAUCCUAAGAAGAAUUGACCAGAAAGUACAUUUAGAUACAAUAAUGACAUUAAAUAAGUAGAUAGAAUAUUAAUAUUUGAUAAAUUAUUUGAGUGAGUUAUUAAAGCCAAACGAUUUUCUCAUCACUGACAGAAGAAAAGAAGCAAUCCUGCCCUGUGAAGUUAUAUAUCUUGAUAGAUUUAACAUUUUUAUUGCAGUUCUUAUGGAUUUUAAAUCAGAUUCUUUUUGUUGUAGCCUUCUCAUAGAUCAAGAGUUUUGAUUGUUUAACUUUAUUUAUGUUGUUGCUGUUACUGCGUCUGACCUGAUCCUGGUUCAGCAGCUGUGUGCUUUUAAUAUUCUUACUUUUGACAAGUUUAUUGGUCUUUUAGUAGUUUAUCUUGCUUUUAAUAGUUCUAUCAUGCUUUUUAACUCCAGUUAAUGGCUUUGAAGGUUUUUUUACUUUGUGUACUUUUCUGUUUAUUUUUAUGUUUUUGUUUCUUGUAUGUGUGAAGCACUUUGAGCAUUUUAAGUAUGAAAGGUACGAUAUGAAUAAAAUUAUUAUUAUUAUUGUUA